AUGACCAAUGCUGGUGCCAUAGAUCCCGUCGCGCACACGGGCUCUGCCCUUGUCGAACUUGCCAGGCGUGCGGCCGGCGCCGUGCACUUCGUGCUGAUAUUGACCGGGAGUUUGGUGCUCAUUCAGAGCUUCCACACGUUGAAUUUCUUUCAUCAGCAGGGCCAAUGGGCAUCGCUUCGCGACAUGGCGAGGACCUGCUGGCAGUCCUACUUGCUCGUUCUCAAGUUCUUCAUGGCUCCUUUCUUUGAGGCUCGUUUCCUGGACGGCUGGCUUACCUCCCAGAUCGACUUCGAUACCUGGGCAGUCUUCGUGCCAGGGAUCAUGUCGCUGUUCCUGUGCUUCACAGCAUCCUUGGGUUUCAGCGUAAUGCGGCGGCCGUGUAUUCCGUUCCGAACGCUGAUAUAUACCCUUUGUGCAGCUGUCCUCCUCGUGUCUCAGGUGGAGGUGGUGCAAGCCCUCGCAGAGUUUAGUACCUGGGAGGAGGUUCCAUUUGCAACAGCAGACGAACAGAAGCUCGAGAUGCAGCGACACCUUUUCAAGGCAUCCCAUGCCUCCUUCGUCUCGAUGCUGGACUAUAACCAGUGCCCAAUGGAUUCUGCUGACAUUGUCAGGUGUACGCUGGAGAAGAGAGUCUUGCCAGUGGUGGUGGCGCAGGAAUUCUGCCAGCCAUUGGACCUUCCGGGUCAGAGCAGCCGAAAGCGUGCGCAGGCGUGCCAAAAAUCUGGCAAGGCCCUCUCGCUGUGGAGUUCUCCUCGGGAAACGGACGAGCUGUAUUGUCGUUGUUGGUCCGCCACCUUCGAUGCCGUACUCUCCUUGUUGGAAUGGGCUAUGCUCUCUUGGAUCGUCUGUUUGCUGGGGGUGCUCCUGGCCGUCUACAUGUCCAUCCGGCCAAAACUGCUGAGCCAGGGUCCUGCAGCGCACAAAGAGGUCCUGGGCUGUGUUGGUCUCAGCGUGGCUGCCAUCAUCUGGAAGGUCGUCGUUGGCGUGGAGGAGUCUCGACUUCUAGGAGCAGUGGCCUCGUGA